CUCUACUGGGUCGGACCUGGUUCCCCUCAUGGCUGGGAGAGGCGGCAGAGGAAGGGGCCGGGGGGGCGGCCACAUGACCUUCAAUGUCGAGGCAGUGGGCAUUGGAAAGGGGGAGGCGUUGCCCCCUCCCACUCUGAAGCCAUCCCCUCUCUUCCCUCCGCUGGAAUACAAACCACUUUUGCUGCAGUCUGGCGAAGAGGUCGAAUACAUGCUGGCCCUGAAGCAGGAGCUGAGGGGGGCCAUGAAGAACCUGCCAUAUUUCAUCAAGCCUUCGGCCCCCAAAAAAGAUAUCGAGCGCUAUUCCGACAAAUAUCAGACAACAGGCCCAACAGACAACACCAUGGAGUGGAACCCAGAUUGGAAACAGCUACCUCCAGAACUAAAAAUUCGGGUGCAGAAGACUCGAAAACAAAGGCGGGCAGUGCCGGCUCCCAAGCACAAACCGAAGGUGCCUGCAGACAAGGAGGAAGCCAUUAAAAAGCUGGAGACUCUGGAAAAGAAAGAGGAAGAGGUGACAUCGGAAGAGGAAGAGGAGAAGGAAGAGGGUGAAGAAGGCAAGGAGGAAGAGGAGGAGGGGUAUGAUGAAGAAGAGUUUGAAGAGGAGACGGACUACAUCAUGUCCUAUUUUGACAACGGAGAAGACUUUGGCGGCGACAGUGAUGAUAAUAUGGACGAAGCCAUCUACUGAAGCCGUCGGGUAGGCUGUCACCUGGUGAGGUUACUGGCAUGGUCAUCUUUGAGGGCUCUCGGAAGGAGUGUCCAGAUGUCCCCCUCCAGCCUCUAGGUAGCAUCCCUGUUCCGUGUUGCUGGUGGCUCUUCGCCCUUCAACAGCCUGAAGAUGGAGGCUUCCCCCAAAAGGGGCCGCAUGGAGCAGAUUCUCCGAAGUUCUGCUCCGAAGUUCUCCAGGAUCUUGUAGCAAAUAGGCUCGGAAAUCUCCAAAACCACCCCUAAACCAUGGUCUUUGGAGUUGGGGGCCUGGAGUUACGAUAGAUGACAUGACCUGUUCUUCUCGGCCUGCAUUGGAUGACAUGACCUAUCGUCCUUGGCUUGCUUUGAAUGACAUGACCUAUCUCCCUGACCUGUGUUGGAUUACAUGAUCUAUCCUCCUUGGCCAGCGUUGGAUCACAUGACCCAUCCUUCUUGGCCAGUCCCUCCACCCGACUCGUGAUAGAGCAAAAGAUGGGAGAAAGUAACUUGGAUAUCCCAAAUUUUGAGGAACCUCUGAACACCUUUAAUCCUUGGGGGUCUCUGGGGCAGCUUGGCCUAUAGGGGAGCAAAGGGCCCCACUGAAGAGGAGGAUUCUGCAAAAAGGGGGAGGUGGGUGCAAUUCGAGGUCAACCCCCUUUUUUUAAUUUUUGGUGCACAGUGGGGGAAAGGUAGGAAAGAAAGGUCUUUCCACAUAACUCAGCAAUAAAGCUUCUCAGGAUGUAUGGACUUCAAAUCCCAGAAUUCCCCAGCCAGCCUACCUUAAGAUGGGUGGACUUCAACUCCCAGAAUUCACCUCUUCAAGUCGCCAAGGUUGAGAAAUGCUGGCUUAGCCCCAGCUCAUGAAAAGAGGAAGCUGAUUUGGGGGACAGAGUUUGGGGUGUCUUCAGAUUUUAACUGCUGCUGGAAAAAGCAGGUAUUUGGGUUGUAAACUCGAGAUAUUUUUCCUGAUCCUGAAGCUCAUCAGCUGCCAAAUAGAGGCCGGUUUUGGGGAGGGAUGUGUGGCAUCUCUUAAAGGUAUUCUGUAAAAACGUUGGGUUACAAUUAAAACCUCUGUU